AUGAAAGCAAUGCGCCAAGGUGAGGUGGAUAUGAUGAAAGUGAUCCACGCCGAUUUGCCAGCUCAUUUGCAAUCAGUGGUCAGGAUUGAUGGAGAUAAUGUAUUCAUCAAUGAAACGGGUCUUGGGACAUUACCAUCUUCAACAACUACUGCUCCUCAAUUUUCGCAGUUCCAACCUUCUUCUGUUCCUGCAGUGUACAUGAAUUCGGGCACAGCGCCUUCAGUAAGUAUGUCUCAAUUCAUUGUUCCUCCUGGUAUACCUCCGAUAAUGCCUCCCAGAUCCAACGUACCAGGCAUCCCUCCUUCCAUGUCAAGCAUUGAGACAACGUCAGCAUCUGUACCGGCGCCUCCACCAGCGAAAUCCGUGUCACCUGAUCUGGACCUUGGAGCGGAGUCGAUGAGCUCUUCGUUCAUACCAUCAGCGUUUUCUCAUCCUCCCCCUCCAAUUUCAUCUGGUCCAGCACCCAGUGCUCCUCUUCAUGCUCGCCCUGUAAGUAUUUUUUGUACUUCGCUACGUAUUUCUUGUACUUCGCAUUAUUGA